AUGCCGCGUAUUGUGUGUUCGUAUCAGUUGCGAGCCGAGAUCGAAUCCCACGGCUUGUAUUUGGCAGCACCCAAGCGGGCUAGGCUGAUGAAUUUGACGAUACCACAUAAGCCUGGGGACCCUGAGAAGCCCCUGAAGUUGGACCUGCUCUUCCCCAAGUUGUCUCUGCUGAUAGACACGUCGAUUGUCGAGGAUAGGGAGGCUAUGGAGAGGUUUAUGUCCAUGACUGAACAACGGGCACCGGUUUACGCCCCGUUCCUCUUCACUGGUAGCGAGCUUUUCCCGGAGUACAUCGUCGGCAUCAAUUUAUCCGAUCAAUGGCGUCAAUUUGUGAUGGACCCAUCGCUAGGAGAAUACGUAUUCCGGAGGGCUGAGGAUGAUGAGAUUGUUCAAUACAAUGAGCUCGCCCCUGGUAACUCGUACAGAGUAACACUGAAGUGGUGGAAGGCUAAACUUGGCCAUCUAGCAGAAAGAGAUCUGCCUUUCGUCUUGCGUAUUGUUGGCUUCACGGAGAGCCCCUUGGGGGACCACUGUGGAGCGCCUAUUGUUGAGGUCGUGUCCGAUUCAAGAGAAGUGGGUGAACCGAGUGCUGCACAGCUCUGA